AUGGCGACCGUGCGCUUCCUGCACAGGCACCGCCGCGAAGGCUGCACGCGCGACGCACUCACCAGUGCAAGCCGGGCAGGGCACGUAGAGAUAGCGGCGUUCCUGCUCCUGCACCGGGGCGAAGGGAGCGUGAACGAAGCGUUCGUCGCCGCCAUCGCGGGCGGCCACUUGAAGCUUGUGCACUUCUUUUGGCAGUCGCACGCAGAGCAGCUGCGCAGCGUUGUGGCAGCCGGACACGCUUUGGCGACGGCUCUCGGGCACUCGGAGGUCGCUAGCUUCUUGGCCGCCGUGGCGCCGCGGCGCGGAGACGAGAAAGAACAAGCGGGGCGCUAG